UGAUGAAGUUGUGGAUGAUGAAGAAGAAGAGCAGGGAAACAGCAACAGAGAUGCAUCUCUGAGGCUCGCAAUAAACUUCCUGAGGAACAUGAAGCAGCAGCAGCUGGCAGACUCUCUGCAGAGCAAAACUCUUGUUGCAAUUUGCCAACGUAAACUGAAGUCUAAACUCAAGGACAAGUUUCAGUGUUUGUUUGAAGGAAUUGCCAAAGCAGGAAACCCAACACUUAUGAACCGGAUCUUCACAGAACUCUACAUCACUGAAGGGGAGAGUAGAAAGGACAAUGAUCAACAUGAGGUCAGACAGAUAGAAGCAGCAUCCCAAAAACUGACAAAUUCAGAAACAACAAUCAGAAAUGAGGAUAUGUUUAAACCUUUACCUGGAAGAGAUGAACCAGUCAGAACUCUGGUGACAAAGGGAGUGGCUGGCAUUGGGAAAACUAUCUUAACGCAGAAGUACAUCCUGGACUGGGCUGAAAACAAAGCCAACGGCAAUAUACAGUUUAUCUUUCCAUUCACUUUCCGAGAGCUCAAUUUGCUGAAAGCACAGAAAUUCAGCUUGGUGGAACUUCUUCAUCAUGUCUUUACUGAAACCAAAGAAGCAGGAAUCUGCAGGUUUGAAAAGUUCCAGGUUGUGUUCAUCUUUGACGGUCUGGACGAGUGUCGACUUCCUCUGGACUUCCACAACAAUAAGAUCCUGAGCGAUGUUACAGAGUCAACUUCAGUUGAAGUGCUGCUGACAAACCUCAUUAGAGGUAAACUGCUUCCCUCUGCUCGCAUCUGGAUAACCACACGACCUGCAGCAGCCAAUCAGAUCCCUCCUGAGUGUGUUGACAUGGUGACAGAGGUGAAAGGGUUCAGUGACCCACAGAAGGAGGAGUACUUCAGGAAGAGAUUCAGAGAUAAGGAGCACGCCAGCAGAAUCAUCUCCCACAUCGAGGCAUCACGAAGCCUCCACAUCAUGUGCCACAUCCCAGUCUUCUGCUGGAUCACUUCCACAGUUCUGGACCAUGUGUUGAAAACCAUAGAGAGAGCAGAGAUGCCCAAGACCCUGACUGAGAUGUACAUCCACUUCCUGGUGGUUCAGACCAAACAGGGGAAUGUAAAGUAUCAUGGCAGUGGGGUAACAGAUCCGGUCUGGAACACAGACACUGAGAAGACGAUUCUCACUCUGGGAAAACUGGCUUUUGAACAGCUGGAGAAAGGAAACCUCAUCUUUUAUGAAGCAGACCUGAAAAAGUGUGACAUUGACGCAAAAGCUGCCUCCGUCUUCUCAGGAAUAUUCACAGAGUUCUUUAAAGAUGACCAUGGGCUGAACCAGGAAAAGGUGUUUUGCUUUGUCCAUCUGAGCGUUCAAGAGUUUCUUGCUGCACUCUAUGUCUUCCUGACGUUCAUCAACACUGGCAUCGAUCUACUGAGAAAAAGAGGGAAGUUCACCUCAGUGCAUACUGUGCCAUUACAACGUGAAUUUAACUUCAAACAUCUCUACCGGAGUGCAGUAGACAAGGCUUUAGAGAGUCCAAAUGGACACCUGGACUUGUUUGUCCGCUUCCUCCUGGGCCUUUCACUGGAGACCAAUCAGACUCUCCUACGAGGCCUGCUGAAAACGACAGGGAGUAAACAAGAGGUCAAAGAGACGCUAGUGCAGUACAUCAAGAAGAAGAUCAGGGAAAAUCCUCCAGAGAGGACCAUCAAUCUGUUCCACUGUCUGAAUGAGCUGAAUGACCAUUCUCUAGUGGAGGAAAUCCAGCAGUACCUGAGAUCCGGAAGUGUCUUUGAAAAAAAACUCUCACCAUCUCAGUGGUCAGCGCUCAUCUUCAUCUUACUGUCAUCACAAAAGGAUCUAGACGUGUUUGACCUGAAGAAAUUCUCUGCUUCCGAGGAGGGUUUUCUGAGGCUGUUGCCAGUGGUCAAAGCAUCCAAAACAGCUCUGUAUGUUGGCUGUAACCUCUCAUUAAGAAGCUGUGUAGAUCUGGCCUCAGUUUUAAGCUCCAAAAACUCCAGCCUGAGAGUACUGGACCUGAGUAACAAUGACCUGCAGGAUGAAGGAGUAAGGCUGCUCUCAGCUGGUCUUAAGAGUCCACACUGUAGACUGAAGAUUCUCAGACUGUCAGGCUGCAAGGUCACAGAGAAAGGCUGUUGUUUUCUGGCUUCAGCUCUGAAGUCCAACCCCUCCCAUCUGAGAGAGCUGGACCUGAGUUUCAACCAUCCAGGAGACUCAGGAGUGACGCAGUUAUGUGCUGGACUGGAUUACCCACACGGGGAACUGAAAACUCUCAAGCUUGAUCAUUGUGGAAAGUGUCGACUGAACCCUGUACCUUAUAGGUAUUUCUGUGAGCUUUCACUGGACCCAAACACAGCAGACAGAAACCUCUCCCUUUCUGACGACAACAGACUGGUGACGGUGGUGACAGAGAAGCAGCCGUAUCCUGAUCAUCCAGAGAGAUUUGACAGCUGGAAACAGGUGCUGUGUAGCAAAGGUCUGACUGGUUGUUGUUACUGGGAGGUCCAGUGGAAAGGAAGGGUUCAUAUAGGAGUGACAUACAGAGGAAUCAACAGGAGAGGCGACAGCGAUGACUGCUGUAUUGGAUGGAACGACCAGUCCUGGAGUCUGUUCUGCACUGCUCAGAGUUACACUGCCUGGCACAAUAACACACCAAAAGACACAGAUACACCCCCGACCUCUGUCUCCAACAGAGUAGGAGUGUAUCUGGACUGGCCUGCUGGCACUUUGUCCUUCUACUGUUUCCCCUCCGCUGUCUCUUCGGUCAAACGGAUCAAACUCUACACCUUCCACACCACAUUCUCUGAACCCCUCUACCCUGCAUUUGGGUUUGGACGAAUGCGUGAGGUCGUGUCUCUCUCAAGAUUUUCACCACCCUCAGUUUAUCUGUCACCAAUUGAAGAAUAGAAUCAAUGUUGCCUACUGUGUAGAACGGUAGUUCCCAAACUGGUGUGCCUUAAAACAGUAUCUUAAGAAGUAGAAAUAGUGACUGUUAGUGCAAGGGAUGGAUAGAUAGAGCUCAAAUAAAUACUAAUUCAUAUCAGACAAAGACACCUGAGCAGAUUAAAAUAACUGAAAUCAGUUAAACUAACUAAAAUGCCACGUCUGAAAACAUCUAAAAUACCUUUCUUAAGAAUAUAUAGAUAAGAUAAGACAAUAUAAGAUCAACUUUAUUGUCACAAAGCAACAUAAAUUCUCUUUAAAAUAGGAUUAAAACUGUUCAAACUACAAUUGACUAUAACAGUGUUAACUGGUCAGAAUACACUGCCUAUUGUUAUUUGAUAAGAAUGGUGAUGGCAGAAGGCAUACAAACAUUUUGUGGAUGUUUUUCCGGGCCAUUGGGACUUUGUAGCGCCCACCUGUUGGCAGUAACUGGAAGGAUUGGGGGAGGGGUAAGAGGGGUCCUGCGUGAACAGAGUGGCUUACGUGAUUACUGACCGUGUGUACAAUUCAGAUAGGGGAGGUGAAUUAAAUAUUUUGUUGGUGUGAUUAGUUAUGCAGGAGAGUUUUGCUUUGAGGUUGGUAGUGAGAGUGUUAUACCAGGAUGAAAUGAUGAAGUAUGGAUUCAAGUAAAACUGAAAGUCCUCAGCUUCCUCAGCAGGCGGAGACGCUGCUGGGCUUUCUUGUACACAAAGUGUGCUGGAAAAAGGGCAAGGAGGUUUUUAUCUCUAUCCCAAGGUAUUUAAAUAAUGGCACUUGUUCUAUCAGCUGGCCUUCAAUACUGAGGUGUUUUGAAAAGAGGUGGUUGUGAGUCUGCUGUCUCUCUGCUCCCACAGCACAGCUCCUUGGCCUUGGAGAUGUUGAAUACUAAAAGGGAUUAUAAGAGACACAUGAAAUACAGAAUCAGUGCAUGAUGUCAUGUUUUGUUUUGUCUUUAGUUGAUCAUUUUACAUACAAUUAUUUGACUGUUAAUAUCUGACCUAUAAGCAUUCUUGAUUUGUAUUUAUUGUUGAGUAUAAGUUCAAUAUUUAUCUAAAAAUCUAUACAGCAACAUAAUCUAAAACGUUGAUUUAGAAAGAUGGAGUUACACUUCCUGAACACCUGUGCUUAUGUGACACUGACUUACAGAAUAAAUCAUAUGAAUUGUUGGUAUCUCAAACUCACAUGAUUCAUGAUUGAUUCAAAUGUGAUUGGACCCUAUAUUGAUCACUUAAAGUUGUAUUAAAUGUACUUUGUAAAGUUUUAUUAGAGGCAAUAAACAAAGGACUGAG